AUGACGGAGAUCACGUACAGUUACUCGCGGCCGGCCCGCGAGUUUGGCCGCAUGCCGGAGUUUCAGGCGAACGACAGCGAAAUUCUUGCCGACAUUGCACCAAAUGAUAUGAUCAAGGACAAGUUCACGUUGCAAAACCCUAAGGAGAGCCAAGUGCAGAACGUGCCGCAGCUCUCCGAAGCGAGCACGAAUACCGAGUCCGUUCGCAUCAAGAAUCACGCACAGUAUCACGGUGAAGGUGGCUGGCCGCACGCCGUCGACCCGACCGAGUUUGAGGAGAAGAUGAAGUACUGCAAGAAGGUAGAGCGGGAGGAGGGCUACCUGCAGACGUGCGGGCGACUCGCCGAGCAGUGCGUGGAGCGCUGUGUGAAGCAGAACACCGCGAUGGACAUAUACGGCCAGUACUUCCCCGACGCUCCACCGGAUGAGGAAGAGACGAUGGGGCCUGCAUCGCUGAAGGUGUGGGCGGUGCUCAAAGAUCCAUCCGAAGAGAAACGCACGGCAGCCGCUCUCUCGUGGCAGAACGAUGGCCGCCGCAUUGCCGUGGCUUACGCGCGGCUCAAGUUCCAGAGCCAGACACCGACGAUGAGCACGAACUCGCAUAUUUGGGACUUAAUGAACCCCAACGACCCUGCCGAGACGCUUGUCACUCCGUCGCCGCUGUGCAGCAUUGAGUACUACUCAAAGGAUCCUCAUCUGAUCGCGGGUGGUAGCUGGAACGGCGUCGUGCAGUUCUGGGACACUCGUCAGCCAAACCGCCCGGCUGCCCGCUCCCUCAUCGAGGAGAGCCACAAGGAUCCGGUGUGGGCUCUUAAGUGGCUGCAGAGCAAAUCUGGCGAACUGCUCUCCGUUUCCACCGACGGAAACGUGUUUGUGUGGGACUGCCGCCUGCCCGAGAAGCCAAUGACCAUCCGUUCCAUUAGCGAGGAUAACUUAGUGCUGCAGCCACGCAGCAACGACGGCGGCGCGCGGGGCAUCCUCGGCGGCCUGUGUCUCGACUACGAUCCGCAGGUGGGAGGGCCGGCGAAGUACAUGAUCGGCACCGAGCAAGGCACCAUCUUAUCCUGCAAUCGCAAGGGCAAGACCCAGCACGAGAAGUUACUGCCAAACACCUUCAACGGCCAUCAUGGGCCAAUCUACAGCGUGCAGCGCAACCCGAUGUUCUCCAAGUACUUCCUCUCCGUCGGUGAUUGGACGGCGCGGCUGUGGUUUGAGGACUUCAAGUUCAUGCCCAUGUUUAGCACCUUCUACCACAAGGCAUACUUAACCUGUGGUGUGUGGCACACGGUGCGGCCGGGCGUCUUUUUCACGACCCGCAUGGACGGGUACGUGGAUGUGUGGGACUUGAUGCUGCGCCAGACCACGCCUUCCUUGUCCUUCCAGGUGUCAGACUACGCCUUGCACACCAUCAAGCCCUCCCAGAACGGCAAUUACGUCGCCACUGGCGGCAUUGACGGGAAUGUGUCGCUGAUGGAACUGUCUCCCUCGCUGUGCACGAUGGCGCCCGAUGAGAAGAACGUCAUCGGCACUCUUUUCGAGAACGAAAGCCUGCGGGACAAGAAUCUCGAUCGUGCACUGAAGGAAAAGCGUGCCAUGGCGCGUCAGCGUGAGCGCCGCAGCACGCAUCUCGCCGGGAUCACCAGAGCGCCGACGAAGGAGGAAGCUGCGCUCGACGACGUUGCCGCGAAGUACAUGGAAGAGGUGAGCACCGUCAAGGCCAAGGACACGCACACCAGUGACGAAACCGAUGCCCAGCGACUCAAGAUGCUGGAAGACUUGGAGGAUGGCAUGGAACUGUAUGACUAG